AAAGCGAUCAGCUGUCAGUUGAGUUUGAAACGGUUUCGUGUAGUGAGUGAACACGAUGGCUUCAUCACGAAAAAAACAGGACGAAAAGAACUUAAAGACACUACGUGAAUUAGCAUCUUUAGCACAAAAUAAGUACUGUUUCGAUUGCAAUCAGCGAGGUCCGACUUAUGUGAAUGUUACCAUAGGAUCUUUCGUUUGUACCAAAUGCUCUGGAAUGCUACGAGGUAUUACUCCACCGCAUCGCGUGAAGAGCAUAUCGAUGACGACGUUCACGCAGGAAGAAAUCGACAUGGUGCGCAGCAAAGGCAACGAGUACUGCAAGCGCGUUUGGCUCGGACUAUUUGAGGGAGGUGCGGGCGCCCCUUCGCCCAAUCCCAACGACGAACAGUCCGUGCGCGAUUUGAUGGUGGAAAAAUACGAAAGACGGCGGUACUACCUGGAACCGGGAGUGGGAAAGCCGGAAUUGCCGCCGCAACGGCCCAGGCCGCCGGUAUCUGAACCGAAACCUGUGAGACAAAACGGUUUGACAAAUGGCACGGCAACGGUUCCGCCCCCCCAGAACACGCACCGGACGAGGCCCGAAGCGAACAGAACCCACGUGGACUUUGUGGCCGAUUUCGAUAAGGCCGACAUUUUUUCCAUGAGCAACGGCAACAACGCCAGCAUCAACAACAACCACAACGGCAACAUGCAAAACGGUAUCACAAAUGGCUUCGCUAAUUUCGACAACAAUCCAGUUUUUACUAAUCACACGUCGAAUGGCAGUUCAACAGUUGUUUCGGCGGACGACUUCAGCAUAUUCGAUUUAAAAUUCACGAAUAGCGGUCCGAUGCUGAACCAAGUGCCUCUUUUUCCCAAGUGCUCCCCAGUUAAUAACAAUAACGAUAAUGGUUUUACCACUUUGCUGGCGCAAUCUGGCUUAAACCUAAACAACUGGACGCAGCAGCAACAGCAGGUACAACCACAACCGGCUCAGACGGUGCCUGUCGAAGACAAAUACGCCGCCCUCAAAGAUCUGGACAACGCUCUAAAAUCACAAUCGGCCGUCGAUUGGGGAUCCACCGGCUCCAACGGUUCGCUAUACAGCUCCCCCACGCCGACUGGAUCCAUGUACAGUUCAUCGUCCCCGCAGAGCUCGCUAUUUGGCUCCCCUAGUCAAAGUAAUUUUAUGAGUGCCUUCCAGCCUUUACAAGAAAACGGUAUGUCGACAACGACGAACGGCGCUGGCGGGGUUUCGAAUCCGUUUAGCAAUGGCACGUUCAAUUGGAACUCGACGAACGGCAACAUCACCAGUAACAGCAGUAGCAGCAGCAGUAGCAACGGUAGCAACGGCGCGUUUCCGAAUCCGUUCAGGGACGCGACAAAGUCGAACGGAUUUUCGCAGGGCUUCCAGCCGCUCGCGUUUCCCAUAAAUCCGAUGCCGGUGAACGGGGCUGCGGCAUGGGCGCCAAAUCCGUUUAAGGUUGGUGCAACAGGUGGUAUGAAUUCCAACAAUCCUUUUUUAUGAGACAGAUGGAGUGCCUGAGUGUGGGCAUGGACUAGAAGAACUCCUCCACAGUAUAUUUAACGAUUAAUUAACCAUAUAAAAAACUUGUAUAUUUCUCUCUCUCUCUCAUUUAAUUAUCUCUUUGGCAGACGAUGAGACGACGAUUUGUCGCGUCUGAUUUAGCUUCCUAAUUUAUUUUUUAACAAAUAUUAUUUAUUUGGUAUGUAGCCCUCUAAUACGGGAAACGUGUAUCAAAGUUAUGCCAAAAACGCUUUCUCUAUAAAUAAAUAUAAACAAUAUAUUAGUUAGUUUGUAACUGUAAAAUGUAGUUAAGCUUAGGGAUUAAAAUUUUCAAUGAAUGCCUUAAAUCGCUUGCGAUGUUAAUACUUUCAGUUAAAACGUUUUUUUGCUUCAAAUUCAGAUUUAUUUUUUGUUAAUAAAGAAAAAGGCAAGGGCUCAGUAUACAAAAUCAUGGUAAUUAUAAUUAAAACUGCUCAGUCAAGAGUGUUGUAACUUUGUUUAAAAACAAAAUUAUUGAAGUAGCUUUUCUCUAAAUUGUUUUUAUCGAUUUUAAGUAUAUAAUGUAGAAAUGUUUUAAAACUAUCAAGCAGGUUUUUGCUCGAGUUAGUACAAAAAUGGGACUAUGUAAGAUCAAACACAUGAGAACAAUUUUUUUUGUAUAUUUAAGUAAGUUUGUAAGGAAAAGUGGCCUUGAGACUGUUAUUUGGUUUAUAAAUAGCAUCUUUUUUAAAUUUGUUUGUAAGAUUUUUGAUUGAUACUGAUGUAUUCUGUGAUAAAAAUUUGAAAAUCUGUAGUAACACUUUUUUUUUUAUUUGUUCUGGUGUAAUUUUAAUCGCAAAUCAAUGUUUGAAUGUCAGUAAAUUAUGUGAAACAGUUUGUCCGUCCUGGUCUAAUAAAAUAAUAUUGUAUACAAUUGUAGAAUUUUAAAUAGGUAUAUGCAAGCACAAUUUACUGUAUAUUCUUGUCAAAAGGUUGUGUACAUAAAAUAUAACACCAACUG